CCAUCCGUCUGACAUCGCCAGAGCUGAAGGUAGAUAACAACCAUACUUGAACCUGACAUUAAGGUAGCAUCAACAUACCCACAAGUCGAUCGCGAAUCUACCAUCACAAAGAGCCGCAAAGACGCAACUGCGAUGGGACCCUCAAAAACAUCCCCUUCCGAGGCGGCACCAGCCUACGAUGAGCACGGCUUCCACGACGAGCACCCCGUAAACGCAUUCCCCCCUUCAGGAUCAGCCUCAGCCUACGCGACGAUCCCGCAGAACGACGAGCGCGACAUCGAGCUGGCGCACAAUCACACAGCGCCAGAUUCGUCGACCCCUUUCAACCCAUUCAAGCCGCAUCAGCACUGCGAGACGUGCGACAAGUUCACGUCGGCGCGCGAGGUCAGGGCCAACGAGAGGCACUGCUGCCUCUGGGUUGCUAUUGUCUUCAUGACAAUCAGCUUCUCGGUGGCGAUCUUGGGAAUUGUUGCUGUUGAGGCAAAGUUCAAGCAUCACAAGGACUAGGGUUCAGAUCAGAACUACGGCUGUUUCUCUAAGUUGUCUGUCUACUAGUCAUAAUCUUCUAGGGGUGGGGAGUUUCUCCACCUGG